GCUCGGCCUCUCCACAACACCACCAUGGGGACUUUAAAUUUAUUAACUAUAGCAUUCGUAACAUGGAUCGCUCUAUCUAUUGGACAGACUACUGCACAAACGACCAUAGCAAUUAUUGAACCGCAGUCGACAACGCAACUGAUUUCAGGAAUUGCUUCAGCGCAUAACGAGCUUGUCUGCAGCACAUGGGGAAAUUACCACUUCUUGACGUUUGACGGAGACCUUUUCCAGCUCCCGUCCACAUGUAACCACAUCCUGACAUCGCAGUGCGGAGGCAGCUACGAAGCCUUUAACGUUCAGUUGAGACGGCAGAUGGUGAACGGCGAACCCACAAUUAGCAAAAUCUCCAUGAAGCUGGAUGGCGCAGUGGUGGAGCUCAGUAAAGACUUAAUCAGUGUCAACGGCCAAAAGGUCACACUUCCAUUUGUCACCAACGGAAUAUACAUUGAAAUGCGCAGCUCUUACAUCACUGUCAAAUCCACAGUGGGGCUAACAACUAUGUGGAAUGAAGAUGAUGCCUUCAUGAUUGAAUUAGAUGCAAAGUAUAAAAAUCGGACAUGUGGGCUUUGUGGCGACUUCAACGGCAUCCCGACUUACAAUGAAAUGAUCAAGAAUGAUGUGGUUAUCUCUCCAUCUGAUUAUGGAAGUCUCUGGAAGAUGGAUGGACCCACAGAAAGAUGCGAGGACCUACCUGCACCAACAUAUACAAACUGUGGAGAUGAGAAUUUCUGCCGUCAGCUGUUCCUCAAUCCGGAGUUCAGCAGCUGCACAUCUCUGGUGUCGGUCAAUAUGUUUGUGAAAGCAUGUGUAGAGGAUUUGUGCCAGUGUAACACAACUACAGACUCCUCCUGCUUAUGUAAAUCUGUAGCCGAGUAUUCACGUCAGUGUGUGCACGCAGGAGGGAAACCUGGAAACUGGAGGACUGAUGUUUUCUGCCCCCAGUCAUGUUCAGGUACCAUGCAGUACACCGAGUGUGGCAGUCCGUGUGUCGAUACCUGCUCGAACUCUGAGAGAGGAGAUAUUUGUGGUGAACACUGUAUUGAUGGAUGCUUCUGUCCUCCUGGCACUGUGUGGGAUGAUGUGACCAACUCCAGCUGUAUUCCGCUGAGUUCCUGCUCCUGUGUUCAUGAAGGACAAAUUUACAAUUCUGGGGACAACUACACAGCUAGCUGCAGAGAAUGCACUUGCUCAGGAGGUCAGUGGGCAUGUGUUUACAAAGACUGCCCUGGUACUUGCUCAGUUUUGGGAGGAUCGCACAUCAUAACAUUUGAUGAAAAGCCAUACACGUUUCAUGGGGAGUGUUCGUACCUCCUUGCAAAGGAGUGCACAGGCAACGAUUUCACCGUUCUGGGUGACUUAAUGCAAUGUGGACUGUCAAACACUGAGAGCUGCCUGAAAACGGUCACCAUCGCGUUAUCGCAAGGCAGUAAGCUGAUUCAAGUGGAUUCGACUGGGAAUGUUAAUGUGGACAAGAUUUACACACAGCUUCCACUUUUUACAGCUGAUUUGAGCAUCUACAUGCCAUCUUCCUUCUACAUCAUCAUCAGGGUCAUCAAGUCCAAUAUUCUUCUGCAGAUCCAGCUGGUUCCCAUCAUGCAGGUUUUCAUCACGCUGACUCCAGUUUUUAAAGGACAAACAUGUGGACUUUGUGGUAAUUUCAACAACAUACAGGCAGACGAUUUCACCUCACCUAGUGGACUUACAGAAGGAACAGCUGAGAAUUUUGCCAACAGCUGGAAGACGAGAGCAAAUUGUCCAGACAUCCAGAAAUCUUUUGAGGACCCUUGCAGUCUGAGCACAGAAAAUGAGAAAUACGCGCAGCACUGGUGUUCCCUGCUAUCAGAUCCUUCUGGAGUUUUCGCUAGCUGCCAUUCAGAGAUCAGCCCUAAAACCUACCAAACGAACUGUAUAUAUGACACAUGUAACUGUGAGAAGUCUGAGGACUGCAUGUGUGCUGCUCUGUCUUCUUACGCACGAGCAUGUGCUGCUAAAGGGAUCGUCCUCAGCAACUGGAGAGAUGCUGCUUGCAAUAACGCCACAGUGUGCCCCAGCUCCUUAGUUUUCUCAUAUGAAAUGACCAGCUGUAAACGCACAUGCCACUUCAUCGGGAAGGAGGACUACACCUGCAUUAAUCCUGUGAAAGUGGAGGGCUGCGGCUGUGCAUCAGGGACCUACAUGAAUGAAAACGGAGUGUGUGUUGAUGAAAACAACUGCCCAUGUUACGAUUCUAACACCAUCAUUCAGCCCGGCGAGAUCAUUAGCAAAGACAGCACCACAUGCACAUGUAAGCAAGGCAAACUGAGCUGCUUCGGUGCACUGAAGGUGGAAGAAUGUGUGGCACCAAUGACAUUCUUCAACUGCUCCAGCGCUGCUCCUGGAAGCACCGGCUCUGAAUGUCAGAAAAGUUGCAAACUUCUGGACAUGGCCUGUAUAAGCACAGAGUGUGUUUCCGGCUGUAUGUGUCCCCCUGGCCUGUUGUCCGAUGGAAAAGGUGGCUGUAUUACUGAAGACCUUUGUCCAUGUGUCCAUAACGGAGUGAAUUUUCAACCUGGCGAGAGUGUUCAAGAUGGCUGCAACACAUGCACCUGUAAGGACAGUAGAUGGCAGUGCACCACAAAUCAGUGCAGAGGAUCAUGUGCCAUUUACGGAGAUGGGCAUUACCUAACCUUUGAUGAAAAACGAUAUGUGUUUAAUGGAAACUGUGAAUAUGUCCUCUCUCAGGACUUCUGCAGUGGCAGUAGCGUCAAUGGCUCUUUCAGAAUCAUCACUGAAAACAUUCCCUGUGGAACAACUGGCACCACCUGCUCCAAAUCCAUCAAACUCUUCAUAGGAAGCAAUGAGCUGAUCCUCUCAGAUGGAACAUACCAAGUGGUACAGAGAAGCAAUGGAGGUGAAAUCCCGUACCAGUUCCGCACCAUGGGAAACUACUUGGUGGUUGAGACCUAUAACGGCAUAAUGCUUGUAUGGGACAGGAAAACUACCAUAUACAUUGUGCUUAGUCCUCAGUUUAAUGGAAAUGUGUGUGGUCUGUGUGGAAACUUUGAUGGCAAUGCCAAUAAUGACUUCACCACAAGAAGCCAAGAAGUGGUCAUUGACCCUGUCACCUUUGGAAAUAGCUGGAAAGUGUCUCCUACUUGUCCAGAGGCACUGGCUGUUAGUGAUCCGUGUGCUAAUAAUCCAUACAGGGAGGCAUGGGCACAGAAACAGUGCAGCAUCAUAAACAGUAACACGUUUGCCGCCUGCCAUUCAAAGGUGGAACCAGCUUCUUUUUACUCUGCAUGUGUGAGUGAUGCAUGUGCUUGUGACACUGGAGGAGACUGUGAGUGUUUCUGUACUGCUGUAGCAGCCUAUGCUAAGGCCUGUAAUGCCGCUGGAGUGUGUAUUGCCUGGAGAAGCCCAAAAGUUUGCCCACUGUUCUGUGAUUAUUACAACCCACCUGGUGAGUGUGAAUGGCACUACAAACCUUGUGGUCAUGCAUGUAUGAAGACCUGCAGGAACCCCACAGGAAACUGCACAAUGGAGACUCCAGCACUGGAAGGAUGCUAUCCUGAAUGCCCAGAAGACCUUCCAUUAUUUGAUGAGGAUACGAUGAAGUGUGUGUCACAAUGUGGCUGCUACGCUGACAUGAUACGUUAUGAGAUCGGCCAGUCUAUCCCUGCAAAAAACAACUGUCAGAUAUGUGAGUGCACAUCAAAUGGAGAGAGCUGCAAGUAUGAUGUAAAUGCUUGUACAUGUCAACAUAAUGGUACCAUGUACAAGUACAGAGACAUCAUUUACUACACAACAGAUGGACUUGGAAACUGCAUUAGUGCUAUAUGUGCUGAGGAUGGAAACAUUAAUAAGACUGUAGAAGCUUGUACAACUACAGUUCCCCCAACUGUACCAACAACACCACUGACUACAACACCAACACCGACAACAGUGUUUGUUUUUACCACUCCGGAAAUAACAACUCCAAGUGUGACAACCACAGAAGCACCUGAAACAACUUCAGCAAUGACGACAGGUGAAAUCAAAACCUCACGAAUCUCUGUGACAACAGCAACAACAGCAAUUGCUGCAAUCACUAAAACACGUAGCACACUUACUGGCACAACAGGAACAAUAAUAACAUCAAUAAAAAGCGUGUCACCUUUCAUACCAACAGAAAUGACAAGCAAAGCUCCAACAAAGACAACAUCUGUCCCACCAGAAAUAACAACCACUCAGCCUGUGGAAACUUCAACUGCCAAAGAAACCACUAUUUCCACCGCAACACCUAUUACAACUCCAACAAUCACAACAGGUGAAAGCAAAACAGCACAAAUCUCUGUGACAACAGAAACAACAGCAAUUGCUGCAAUCACAAAAACUCCUAGCACACUUACUGGCACAACAAGCACAACAUCAACAUCAAUGAAAAGCAUGUCAUCUUUUAUUCCAACAGAGGUGAUGAGCACAGGUCCAACACAGACCACAUCUGUGCCACCAGAAAUAUCAACCACUCAGCCUUUGGAAACUACUCCACCCAAAGAAACAACUAUUUCACCAGAAGCAACAACACUGCCUAUUACAACUCUUCCUAUCACCACCACCCUUGCUCCAGGAGUAACAACCACUCAGCCUGCCACAGAGACCACCAUAUCACCAGAAUUUACAACACUGACAACCACCCCAGUUGUAAAGGCAACAACAGUGGUUCCCGAAGUGACAAGUACUCAGGUUCCUACAACUCCUCCCAAAGAGACCACAGGUCCAGCAGAAACAACGCUGAUUAGCACUGCUGUUCCAAAGACAACAUCUGUGCCACCAGAAAUAUCAACCACUCAGCCUUUGGAAACUACUCCACCCAAAGAAACAACUAUUUCACCAGAAGCAGCAACACUGCCUAUUACAACUCUUCCAAUCACCACCACCCUUGCUCCAGGAGUAACAACCACUCAGCCUGCCACAGAGACCACUAUAUCACCAGAAAUUACAACACUGACAGCCACGCCAGUUGUAAAGGCAACAACAGUGAUGCCGGAAGUGACAAGUACUCAGGUUCCUACAACUCCUCCCAAAGAGACCACAGGUCCAGCAGAAACAACGUUGAUUAGCACUGCUUUUCCAAAGACAACAUCUGUGCCACCAGAAAUAUCAACCACUCAACCUUUGGAAACUACUCCACCCAAAGAAACAACUAUUUCACCAGAAGCAACAACACUGCCUAUUACAACUCUUCCUAUCACCACCCUUGCUCCAGGAGUAACAACCACUCAGCCUGCCACAGAGACCACCAUAUCACCAGAAUUUACAACACUGACAACCACCCCAGUUGUAAAGGCAACAACAGUGGUUCCUGAAGUAACAAGUACUCAGGUUCCUACAACUCCUCCCAAAGAGACCACAGGUUCGGCAGAAACAACGCUGAUUACCACUGCUGUUCCAAAGACAACAUCUGUGCCACCAGAAAUAUCAACCACUCAGCCUUUGGAAACUACUCCACCCAAAGAAACAACUAUUUCACCAGAAGCAACAACACUGCCUAUUACAACUCUUCCAAUCACCACCACCCUUGCUCCAGGAGUAACAACCACUCAGCCUGCCACAGAGACCACCAUAUCACCAGAAUUUACAAGACUGACAACCACCCCAGUUGUAAAGGCAACAACAGUGGUUCCCGAAGUGACAAGUACUCAGGUUCCUACAACUCCUCCCAAAGAGACCACAGGUCCAGCAGAAACAACGCUGAUUAGCACUGCUGUUCCAAAGACAACAUCUGUGCCACCAGAAAUAUCAACCACUCAGCCUUUGGAAACUACUCCACCCAAAGAAACAACUAUUUCAGCAGAAGCAACAACACUGCCUAUUACAACUCUUCCAAUCACCACCACCCUUGCUCCAGGGGUAACAACCACUCAGCCUGCCACAGAGACCACUAUAUCACCAGAAAUUACAACACUGACAACCACGCCAGUUGUAAAGGCAACAACAGUGAUUCCAGAAGUGACAAGUACUCAGGUUCCUACAACUCCUCCCAAAGAGACCACAGGUCCAGCAGAAACAACGUUGAUUAGCACUGCUGUUCCAAAGACAACAUCUGUGCCACCAGAAAUAUCAACCACUCAGCCUUUGGAAAGUACUCCACCCAAAGAAACAACUAUUUCACCAGAAGCAACAACACUGCCUAUUACAACUCUUCCAAUCACCACCACCCUUGCUCCAGGGGUAACAACCACUCAGCCUGCCACAGAGACCACCAUAUCACCAGAAAUUACAACACUGACAACCACCCCAAUUGUAAAGGCAACAACAGUGGUUCCCGAAGUGACAAGUACUCAGGUUCCUACAACUCCUCCCAAAGAGACCACAGGUCCAGCAGAAACAACGCUGAUUAGCACUGCUGUUCCAAAGACAACAUCUGUGCCACCAGAAAUAUCAACCACUCAACCAUUGGAAACUACUCCACCCAAAGAAACAACUAUUUCACCAGAAGCAACAACACUGCCUAUUACAACUCUUCCUAUCACCACCACCCUUGCUCCAGGAGUAACAACCACUCAGCCUGCCACAGAGACCACCAUAUCACCAGAAAUUACAACACUGACAACCACCCCAAUUGUAAAGGCAACAACAGUGGUUCUGGAAGUGACAAGUACUCAGGUUCCUACAACUCCUCCCAAAGAGACCACAGGUCCAGCAGAAACAACGCUGAUUAGCACUGCUGUUCCAAAGACAACAUCUGUGCCACCAGAAAUAUCAACCACUCAACCUUUGGAAACUACUCCACCCAAAGAAACAACUAUUUCACCAGAAGCAACAACACUGCCUAUUACAACUCUUCCAAUCACCACCACCCUUGCUCCAGGAGUAACAACCACUCAGCCUGCCACAGAGACCACCAUAUCAGCAGAAAUUACAACACUGACAACCACGCCAGUUGUAAAGGCAACAACAGUGAUUCCGGAAGUGACAAGUACUCAGGUUCCUACAACUCCUCCCAAAGAGACCACAGGUCCAGCAGAAACAACACUGAUUAGCACUGCUGUUCCAAAGACAACAUCUGUGCCACCAGAAAUAUCAACCACUCAACCUUUGGAAACUACUCCACCCAAAGAAACAACUAUUUCACCAGAAGCAACAACACUGCCUAUUACAACUCUUCCAAUCACCACCACCCUUGCUCCAGGAGUAACAACCACUCAGCCUGCCACAGAGACCACUAUAUCACCAGAAAUUACAACACUGACAACCACGGCAGUUGUAAAGGCAACAACAGUGAUUCCGGAAGUGACAAGUACUCAGGUUCCUACAACUCCUCCCAAAGAGACCACAGGUCCAGCAGAAACAACGUUGAUUAGCACUGCUGUUCCAAAGACAACAUCUGUGCCACCCACAAUUUCAACCACUCAGCCUUUGGAAACUACUCCACCCAAAGAAACAACUAUUUCACCAGAAGCAACAACACUGCCUAUUACAACUCUUCCUAUCACCACCACCCUUGCUCCAAGAAUAACAACCACUCAGCCUGCCAUAGAGACCACCAUAUCACCAGAAAUUACAACAAUGACAACCACCCAAGUUGUAAAGGCAACAACAGUGGUUCUGGAAGUGACAAGUACUCAGGUUCCUACAACUCCUCCCAAAGAGACCACAGGUCCAGCAGAAACAACGCUGAUCACCACUGCUGUUCCAAAGACAACCUCUGUGCCACCAGAAAUAUCAACCACUCAACCUUUGGAAACUACUUCACCAAAAGAAACAACUAUUUCACCAGAAGCAACAACACCGCUUGUUACAACUCUUCCUAUCACCACCACCCUUGCUCCAGGAGGAACAACCACUCAGCCUGCCAUAGAGACCACCAUAUCACCAGAAAUUACAACACUGACAACCAUGCCAGUUGUAAAGGCAACAACAGUGGUUCCCGAAGUGACAAGUACUCAGGUUCCUACAACUUCUCCCAAAGAGACCACAGGUCCAGCAGAAACAACGCUGAUUAGCACUGCUGUUCCAAAGACAACAUCUGUGCCACCCAUAAUUUCAACCACUCAGCCUUUGGAAACUACUCCACCCAAAGAAACAACUAUUUCAUCAGAAGCAACAACACUGCCUAUUACAACUCUUCCUAUCACCACCACCCUUGCUCCAGGAGUAACAACCACUCAGCCUGCCACAGAGACCACCAUAUCACCAGAAAUUACAACACUGACAACCACACCAGUUGUAAAGGCAACAACAGUGGUUCCGGAAGUGACAAGUACUCAGGUUCCUACAACUCCUCCCAAAGAGACCACAGGUCCAGCAGAAACAACGCUGAUCACCACUGCUGUUCCAAAGACAACCUCUGUGCCACCAGAAAUAUCAACCACUCAACCUUUGGAAACUACUCCACCAAAAGAAACAACUAUUUCACCAGAAGCAACAACACUGCCUGUUACAACUCUUCCUAUCACCACCACCCUUGCUCCAGGAGUAACAACCACUCAGCCUGCCAUAGAGACCACCAUAUCACCCGAAAUUACAACACUGACAACCACACCAGUUGUAAAGGCAACAACAGUGGUUCCGGAAGUGACAAGUACUCAGGUUCCUACAACCCCUCCCAAAGAGACCACAGGUCCAGCAGAAACAACGCUGAUUACCACUGCUGUUCCAAAGACAACAUCUGUGCCACCAGAAAUAUCAACCACUCAGCCUUUGGAAACUACUCCACCCAAAGAAACAACUAUUUCACCAGAAGCAACAACACUGCCUAUUACAACUCUUCCAAUCACCACCACCCUUGCUCCAGGAGUAACAACCACUCAGCCUGCCAUAGAGACCACCAUAUCACCAGAAAUUACAACACUGACAACCACGCCAGUUGUAAAGGCAACAACAGUGGUUCCCGAAGUGACAAGUACUCAGGUUCGUACAACUUCUCCCAAAGAGACCACAGGUCCAGCAGAAACAACGCUGAUUAGCACUGCUGUUCCAAAGACAACAUCUGUGCCACCCAUAAUUUCAACCACUCAGCCUUUGGAAACUACUCCACCCAAAGAAACAACUAUUUCAUCAGAAGCAACAACACUGCCUAUUACAACUCUUCCUAUCACCACCACCCUUGCUCCAGGAGUAACAACCACUCAGCCUGCCACAAAGACCACCAUAUCACCCGAAAUUACAACACUGACAACCACACCAGUUGUAAAGGCAACAACAGUGGUUCCGGAAGUGACAAGUACUCAGGUUCCUACAACUCCUCCCAAAGAGACCACAGGUCCAGCAGAAACAACACUGAUCACCACUGCUGUUCCAAAGACAACCUCUGUGCCACCAGAAAUAUCAACCACUCAACCUUUGGAAACUACACCACCAAAAGAAACAACUAUUUCACCAGAAGCAACAACACUGCCUGUUACAACUCUUCCUAUCACCACCACCCUUGCUCCAGGAGUAACAACCACUCAGCCUGCCAUAGAGACCACCAUAUCACCAGAAAUUACAACACUGACAACCACCCCAGUUGUAAAGGCAACAACCGUGGUUCCGGAAGUGACAAGUACUCAGGUUCCUACAACCCCUCCCAAAGAGACCACAGGUCCAGCAGAAACAACGCUGAUUACCACUGCUGUUCCAAAGACAACAUCUGUGCCACAAGAAAUAUCAACCACUCAGCCUUUGGAAACUACUCCACCCAAAGAAACAACUAUUUCAACAGAAGGAACAACACUGCCUAUUACAACUCUUCCAAUCACCACCACCCUUGCUCCAGGAGUAACAACCACUCAGCCUGCCACAGAGACCACCAUAUCACCAGAAAUUACAACACUGACAACCACGCCAGUUGUAAAGGCAACAACAGUGGUUCCCGAAGUGACAAGUACUCAGGUUCCUACAACCCCUCCCAAAGAGACCACAGGUCCAGCAGAAACAACGCUGAUUACCACUGCUGUUCCAAAGACAACAUCUGUGCCACCAGAAAUAUCAACCACUCAGCCUUUGGAAACUACUCCACCCAAAGAAACAACUAUUUCACCAGAAGCAACAACACUGCCUAUUACAACUCUUCCUAUCACCACCACCCUUGCUCCAGGAGUAACAACCACUCAGCCUGCCAUAGAGACCACUGUAUCACCAGAAAUUACAACAUUGACAACCACGCCAGUUGUAAAAGCAACAACAGUGAUUCCGGAAGUGACAAGUACUCAAGUUCCUACAACUCCUCCCAAAGAGACCACAGGUCCCGCAGAAACAACGCUGAUUACCACUGCUGUUCCAAAGACAACAUCUGUGCCACCAGAAAUAUCAACCACUCAGCCUUUGGAAACUACUCCACCCAAAGAAACAACUAUUUCACCAGAAGCAACAACACUGCCUAUUACAACUCUUCCUAUCACCACCACCCUUGCUCCAGGAGUAACAACCACUCAGCCUGCCAUAGAGACCACCAUAUCACCAGAAAUUACAACACUGACAACCACCCCAGUUGUAAAGGCAACAACAGUGGUUCCCGAAGUGACAAGUACUCAGGUUCCUACAACUCCUCCCAAAGAGACCACAGGUCCAGCAGAAACAACGCUGAUAACCACUGCUGUUCCAAAGACAACCUCUGUGCCACCAGAAAUAUCAACCACUCAGCCUUUGGAAACUACUCCACCCAAAGAAACAACUAUUUCACCAGAAGCAACAACACUGCCUAUUACAACUCUUCCUAUCACCACCACCCUUGCUCCAGGAGUAACAACCACUCAGCCUGCCAUAGAGACCACCAUAUCACCAGAAAUUACAACACUGACAACCACGCCAGUUGUAAAGGCAACAACAGUGGUUCCCGAAGUGACAAGUACUCAGGUUCCUACAACUCCUCCCAAAGAGACCACAGGUCCAGCAGAAACAACGCUGAUUACCACUGCUGUUCCAAAGACAACAUCUGUGCCACCCAUAAUAUCAACCACUCAGCCUUUGGAAACUACUCCCCCCAAAGAAACAACUAUUUCAUCAGAAGUAACAACACUGCCUAUUACAACUCUUUCUAUCACCACCACCCUUGCUCCAGGAGUAACAACCACUCAGCCUGCCACAGAGACCACCAUAUCACCAGAAAUUACAACACUGACAACCACACCAGUUGUAAAGGCAACAACAGUGGUUCCGGAAGUGACAAGUACUCAGGUUCCUACAACUCCUCCCAAAGAGACCACAGGUCCAGCAGAAACAACGCUGAUCACCACUGCUGUUCCAAAGACAACCUCUGUGCCACCAGAAAUAUCAACCACUCAACCUUUGGAAACUACUCCACCAAAAGAAACAACUAUUUCACCAGAAGCAACAACACUGCCUGUUACAACUCUUCCUAUCACCACCACCCUUGCUCCAGGAGUAACAACCACUCAGCCUGCCAUAGAGACCACCAUAUCACCAGAAAUUACAACACUGACAACCACCCCAGUUGUAAAGGCAACAACAGUGGUUCCCGAAGUGACAAGUACUCAGGUUCCUACAACCCCUCCCAAAGAGACCACAGGUCCAGCAGAAACAACGCUGAUUACCACUGCUGUUCCAAAGACAACAUCUGUGCCACCAGAAAUAUCAACCACUCAGCCUUUGGAAACUACUCCACCCAAAGAAACAACUAUUUCACCAGAAGCAACAACACUGCCUAUUACAACUCUUCCUAUCACCACCACCCUUGCUCCAGGAGUAACAACCACUCAGCCUGCCAUAGAGACCACCAUAUCACCAGAAAUUACAACACUGACAACCACCCCAGUUGUAAAGGCAACAACAGUGGUUCCCGAAGUGACAAGUACUCAGGUUCCUACAACCCCUCCCAAAGAGACCACAGGUCCAGCAGAAACAACGCUGAUUACCACUGCUGUUCCAAAGACAACAUCUGUGCCACCAGAAAUAUCAACCACUCAGCCUUUGGAAACUACUCCACCCAAAGAAACAACUAUUUCACCAGAAGCAACAACACUGCCUAUUACAACUCUUCCUAUCACCACCACCCUUGCUCCAGGAGUAACAACCACUCAGCCUGCCAUAGAGACCACCAUAUCACCAGAAAUUACAACACUGACAACCACCCCAGUUGUAAAGGCAACAACAGUGGUUCCGGAAGUGACAAGUACUCAGGUUCCUACAACUCCUCCCAAAGAGACCACAGGUCCAGCAGAAACAACGCUGAUUACCACUGCUGUUCCAAAGACAACAUCUGUGCCACCAGAAAUAUCAACCACUCAGCCUUUGGAAACUACUCCACCCAAAGAAACAACUAUUUCACCAGAAGCAACAACACUGCCUGUUACAACUCUUCCUAUCACCACCACCCUUGCUCCAGGAGUAACAACCACUCAGCCUGCCAUAGAGACCACCAUAUCACCAGAAAUUACAACACUGACAACCACCCCAGUUGUAAAGGCAACAACAGUGGUUCCCGAAGUGACAAGUACUCAGGUUCCUACAACCCCUCCCAAAGAGACCACAGGUCCAGCAGAAACAACGCUGAUUACCACUGCUGUUCCAAAGACAACAUCUGUGCCACCAGAAAUAUCAACCACUCAGCCUUUGGAAACUACUCCACCCAAAGAAACAACUAUUUCACCAGAAGCAACAACACUGCCUAUUACAACUCUUCCUAUCACCACCACCCUUGCUCCAGGAGUAACAACCACUCAGCCUGCCAUAGAGACUACCAUAUCACCAGAAAUUACAACACUGACAACCACCCCAGUUGUAAAGGCAACAACCGUGGUUCCGGAGGUGACAAGUACUCAGGUUCCUACAACUCCUCCCAAAGAGACCACAGGUCCAGCAGAAACAACGCUGAUUACCACUGCUGUUCCAAAGACAACAUCUGUGCCACCAGAAAUAUCAACCACUCAGCCUUUGGAAACUACUCCACCCAAAGAAACAACUAUUUCACCAGAAGCAACAACACUGCCUAUUACAACUCUUCCUAUCACCACCACCCUUGCUCCAGGAGUAACAACCACUCAGCCUGCCACAGAGACCACCAUAUCACCAGAAAUUACAACACUGACAACCACGCCAGUUGUAAAGGCAACAACAGUGGUUCCCGAAGUGACAAGUACUCAGGUUCCUACAACUCCUCCCAAAGAGACCACAGGUCCCGCAGAAACAACGCUGAUUACCACUGCUGUUCCAAAGACAACAUCUGUGCCACCAGAAAUAUCAACCACUCAGCCUUUGGAAACUACUCCACCCAAAGAAACAACUAUUUCACCAGAAGCAACAACACUGCCUGUUACAACUCUUCCUAUCACCACCACCCUUGCUCCAGGAUUAACAACCACUCAGCCUGCCAUAGAGACCACCAUAUCACCAGAAAUUACAACACUGACAACCACCCCAGUUGUAAAGGCAACAACAGUGGUUCCCGAAGUGACAAGUACUCAGGUUCCUACAACCCCUCCCAAAGAGACCACAGGUCCAGCAGAAACAACGCUGAUUACCACUGCUGUUCCAAAGACAACAUCUGUGCCACCAGAAAUAUCAACCACUCAGCCUUUGGAAACUACUCCACCCAAAGAAACAACUAUUUCACCAGAAGCAACAACACUGCCUGUUACAACUCUUCCUAUCACCACCACCCUUGCUCCAGGAUUAACAACCACUCAGCCUGCCAUAGAGACCACCAUAUCACCAGAAAUUACAACACUGACAACCACCCCAGUUGUAAAGGCAACAACAGUGGUUCCCGAAGUGACAAGUACUCAGGUUCCUACAACCCCUCCCAAAGAGACCACAGGUCCAGCAGAAACAACGCUGAUUACCACUGCUGUUCCAAAGACAACAUCUGUGCCACCAGAAAUAUCAACCACUCAGCCUUUGGAAACUACUCCACCUAAAGAAACAACUAUUUCACCAGAAGCAACAACACUGCCUAUUACAACUCUUCCUAUCACCACCACCCUUGCUCCAGGAGUAACAACCACUCAGCCUGCCAUAGAGACUACCAUAUCACCAGAAAUUACAACACUGACAACCACCCCAGUUGUAAAGGCAACAACCGUGGUUCCGGAGGUGACAAGUACUCAGGUUCCUACAACUCCUCCCAAAGAGACCACAGGUCCAGCAGAAACAACGCUGAUUACCACUGCUGUUCCAAAGACAACAUCUGUGCCACCAGAAAUAUCAACCACUCAGCCUUUGGAAACUACUCCACCCAAAGAAACAACUAUUUCAUCAGAAGUAACAACACUGCCUAUUACAACUCUUCCUAUCACCACCACCCUUGCUCCAGGAGUAACAACCACUCAGCCUGCCACAGAGACCACCAUAUCACCCGAAAUUACAACACUCACAACCACACCAGUUGUAAAGGCAACAACAGUGGUUCCGGAAGUGACAAGUACUCAGGUUCCUACAACUCCUCCCAAAGAGACCACAGGUCCAGCAGAAACAACGCUGAUCACCACUGCUGUUCCAAAGACAACCUCUGUGCCACCAGAAAUAUCAACCACUCAGCCUUUGGAAACUACUCCACCCAAAGAAACAACUAUUUCACCAGAAGCAACAACACUGCCUAUUACAACUCUUCCUAUCACCACCACCCUUGCUCCAGGAGUAACAACCACUCAGCCUGCCAUAGAGACCACUGUAUCACCAGAAAUUACAACAUUGACAACCACGCCAGUUGUAAAGGCAACAACAGGGAUUCCAGAAGUGACAAGUACUCAGGUUCCUACAACUCCUCCCAAAGAGACCACAGGUCCCGCAGAAACAACGCUGAUUACCACUGCUGUUCCAAAGACAACAUCUGUGCCACCAGAAAUAUCAACCACUCAGCCUUUGGAAACUACUCCACCCAAAGAAACAACUAUUUCAUCAGAAGCAACAACACUGCCUAUUACAACUCUUCCAAUCACCACCACCCUUGCUCCAGGAGUAACAACCACUCAGCCUGCCACAGAGACUACCAUAUCACCCGAAAUUACAACACUGACAACCACGCCAGUUGUAAAGGCAACAACAGUGGUUCCUGAAGUGACAAGUACUCAGGUUCCUACAACUCCUCCCAAAGAGACCACAGGUCCAGCAGAAACAACGCUCAUCACCACUGCUGUUCCAAAGACAACCUCUGUGCCACCAGAAAUAUCAACCACUCAGCCUUUGGAAACUACUCCACCCAAAGAAACAACUAUUUCAUCAGAAGCAACAACACUGCCUGUUACAACUCUUCCUAUCACCACCACCCUUGCUCCAGGAGUAACAACCACUCAGCCUGCCACAGAGACCACUAUAUCACCAGAAAUUACAACACUGACAACCACGCCAGUUCUAAAGGCAACAACAGGGAUUCCAGAAGUGACAAGUACUCAGGUUCCUACAACUCCUCCCAAAGAGACCACAGGUCCAGCAGAAACAACGCUGAUUACCACUGCUGUUCCAAAGACAACAUCUGUGCCACCAGAAAUAUCAACCACUCAGCCUUUGGUAACCACUCCACCCAAAGAAACAACUAUUUCAUCAGAAGCAACAACACUGCCUAUUACAACUCUUCCUAUCACCACCACCCUUGCUCCAGGAGUAACAACCACUCAGCCUGCCACAGAGACCACCAUAUCACCAGAAAUUACAACACUGUCAACCACCCCAGUUGUAAAGGCAACAACCGUGGUUCCGGAAGUGACAAGUACUCAGGUUCCUACAACUCCUCCCAAAGAGACCACAGGUCCAGCAGAAACAACGCUGAUUACCACUGCUGUUCCAAAGACAACAUCUGUGCCACCAGAAAUAUCAACCACUCAGCCUUUGGAAACUACUCCACCCAAAGAAACAACUAUUUCACCAGAAGCAACAACACUGCCUAUUACAACUCUUCCUAUCACCACCACCCUUGCUCCAGGAGUAACAACCACUCAGCCUGCCACAGAGACCACCAUAUCACCCGAAAUUACAACACUGACAACCACCCCAGUUGUAAAGGCAACAACAGUGGUUCCCGAAGUGACAAGUACUCAGGUUUCUACAACUCCUCCCAAAGAGACCACAGGUCCAGCAGAAACAACACUGAUCACCACUGCUGUUCCAAAGACAACAUCUGUGCCACCAGAAAUAUCAACCACUCAGCCUUUGGAAACUACUUCACCCAAAGAAACAACUAUUUCACCAGAAGCAACAACGCUGCCUAUUACAACUCUUCCUUUCACCACCACCCUUGCUCCAGGAUUAACAACGUCUCAGCCUGCCACAGAGACCACCAUAUCACCAGAAAUUACAACACUGACAACCACGCCAGUUGUAAAGGCAACAACAGUGGUUCCGGAAGUAACAAGUACUCAGGUUCCUACAACUCCUACAACAAUUAUUACAACCAUACCAACUUCAAUAAUCACCACAGCUACUCCUAUGACAACAUUUGGUAUUGUAACUGGGCCCAAACCAACCACUGUUCCAACAACAGUUCCAUCAACAGGCAUGCAAGUGAAUAUUAGUACUACUGUAACGUUACCUGUGACAACAGCACCUGUCUGUUGUUUUGUAAAUGGCACAAAUUUUCCAUCAGACACCAUUAUUUAUAACGUAACUGAUGGCUUUGGGUGGUGCUUCACUGCAUAUUGCAAUGCCACUUGUGAUGUUGUGACAAAUUCGUAUUCCUGUUUGACAACACCACCUCCAAUUACCACCACUCCAUUCAGUACGCCAGCAUUUACAACUACUCCAACCAUAACUCCAACAAGUAUUCCCACUCUUGCUCCAGUUCCUACAACUGUAGCCCCAGUCUGUGCCAGUCUUAAUCCACCAAGAAAGGAUGGGGAGUCCUGGAAAGUGGAUAACUGCACCACUGCCACAUGUACUAAUGGUACAGUCAUCUACGACCCAAUGUACAAGUGUAGUCCACUUGAACAAAUAACCUGUGCAAAUGGCCGAACACCUAUUAAGGUUUAUGAUGAGACUGGCUGCUGCUUCAAAUAUGAAUGUGAAUGCUCUUGCAGUGGAUGGAGCGGCUCUCAUUACAUCACAUUUGAUGGAACAGCUUAUACUUACAGUGAUAACUGCUCAUACAUUUUGGUUCAAGAAAUUUACAAUGCAAAUCUGAAAAUCGUACUUGACAAGGAAGUCUGCAGCACUGGCAGCUCAUUCUGCCCACAAAGCCUGAUAAUUACAUACAAUUCACAGGAUGUUAUUCUGACACAGACAAUGACAGCAAAUGGCGCAACCAAUGUGGUACUGGUGAAUAACAAGCAAGUCUAUCCUGUCUUUAAUAAUUCUAAUUACAUCAUCACAAGCACAGGCAUGGAGGUCACAGUGUCAAUUCCAGAGAUUAAGGCUCAAGUGACCUACACAGGCACCACUUUUAACAUUGACUUGCCCUUCUCUGAGUUUCAGAACAAUACAGAAGGCCUAUGCGGGACAUGUGAUAACAAUCAAGCAAAUGAUUGUAGGUCACCUUCUGGUCAAAUUAAAUCCUGUGAGAACACAGCACCAAGCUGGCAGGUUCCCAACAAGACGUGCAUAGCACCCACCACUCUCCCUCCAAUUACCGUUACUACCCUUGUUCCCCCCACAACACCCUACCCAUGCCAGCCAGUCAUCUGUGAGCUAUUCAACAUCAGCGCUUUUGAGGAAUGCCGUAGCAUCAUACCUUUUGAGCCAUAUAUGAACAGUUGUGAACAGGAUGUGUGCUCUGGAAAACCUAGUUGUACGAGUCUGCAGGCUUAUGCAUCCGCAUGUGCCAAAGCAGGAGUGUGUGUGAAUUGGAGGAAUUACACUAAUGGAGAAUGCGAGUAUAAAUGUCCUCCCACUAAAGUCUACGAAGCCUGUGGCCCUGCUGUGCAACCAACCUGCAAUUCUCAGUAUAAUGAGAAGUACCAGGAGAUGAUGGCAUCUGAAAGUGCACAAAUGCAGGAGGGAUGUUUCUGUAUGAAAGGCACCACUCUGUUCAACUCAUACUCAGAUGUUUGUGUUACAUCCUGCGCUUGUGUCGGCCCUGAUGGCAGUCCCAAAAUGCCAAAUGAAACAUGGCAAAUCGGCUGCCAAAUGUGUGAGUGUGAUGGUGAAAGCAUGAGCAUACAGUGUAACCCAGUCGUAUGUCCAACUCCAGUCGUGCCUGUUUGUGACCGACCUGGAGAUGUGCUCAUUAACAAAACAGACGGCUGCUGCACAAGCUAUGAAUGUCAGUGUGAUACAAGUCAGUGUGUCAUGCCCACUAUGGGCUGCCCUCUGGGUUUUACACAAGAGAUAAAUGCAGUUCAACAAGGCGAAUGCUGUCCUACAUACACCUGCAAACCAAUGAAAGUCUGUGUGCAGAAUGGAACAAUAUAUCAGCUGGGCUCGCGCAUGCCCAGUGAUAAUGUCUGUGAGGAAUGCGAAUGUAGUUCAAUUAUGAAUAACAACACUGAACUUCUGACUCCAACGUGCUUGGCAAAACAAUGUAACACGACGUGUGAUAAGGGUUAUGAGUAUCAGGCUGUCCCUGGCAAGUGCUGUGGAGAAUGCAUAAGGACGAGCUGUGUGGUCAUGAUUAAUAACGCCACAGUGAUCAUCCCAAUGAACGAAACAUUUAGUUCACCUGAUGAUAAAUGUGUGACAUACACCUGCCAGGAUGUUAAUGGUGAUCCCAUGGCAAAGGAAAGCACGAAAGUCUGUCCCGAUUUUAACCCAGAUAUCUGUACUCCGGGAACAGAGACGACUGACGCUGAUGGCUGCUGCAAGAGCUGCACUCCAAAGAGCAAAUGCAAUAAGCAAAGCAACACCACUGUGCUGGUUCAGAAUGGCUGCAAGAGCGUAACUCCGGUGGAGAUCACUUCCUGCUCAGGAACCUGUGAAACUUCCUCUAUGUACUCUGCAGAGUCCAACACUCUGACACACAUGUGCAGCUGUUGUUAUGAGAAGGAAACCAGCAAGAAGCAAGUGGAUAUGAUCUGCCCUGAUGGAACAACCACCUCAUACACGUAUAUUCACAUUGAUUCGUGCGGCUGCCAGGCAUCCGAAUGCACAGAAAAGCAGAGACGCAGAAGGAGCUUGAACUCUGAUCUGUCCAUGAGAAGGCCGGGUAAACUUCAUAAGUGAAGGAAAUGAUUUUCUGAUUUUAUUGAUAUUGAUUAAUGAUUUAUUUUAAAGCUUCCUCUCUAGUAGUAUAACACAGUGCUUCUCCUCUUCUGCUUGCAAAGCAAAAAGUUGUCUAAUUUCACUGUUAUAUUUUUAUUAUUGUAAGAAUGUGUGAAAAGCUUGUUAUAACAUGGUGAGUGUGUCGUGCUUAUAAAGUGCAUGUCAGAAACGUUUUCUUUUGUCCUUUGACUUUAAAUUCUCAAUAAACUGUUGCAGUUUAAA